UCUCAACACGUAAACUGUUUUCAUUGAGAGACACCGUCCUAAUUCCUCAGAGUAUCUGCUGCUAUUAAGUUCUUUCAGAUGUUAAAAUUAGUUGAAUUAUAUUAAAUGUGAUUCUUUCACCAGUUUGAUGGAAAUGAGAAAAGUCUGACCGGUAAUGAUCGCGGACAGCAGGUAAAGUUACGUGAAGUAUUUAGACAAAAAGGCGUUUAACAGAUACGCCGCGUUAAUGGUGAACUAGCGAAGUGUUGUAUUAGAAGCCGUUUUUGUCAUCGCUUUUGUUAAUGCGAUCCAUGAACUUACUAAAGGGUUUAUUUGGGAUUUAAUCAGAAUUACGACGAAACGUUAAUGGGUAAUCAAAGAGGACGUGACUAAACGGAUGUAAGAUAUCAAAGUGGAUCAACAAAGAAUAUCGGAUAUGUUUUGUUCACGAGCAGUACCAUAUAUAGUGUUGUGCCUGUGUUUGUGUAGAUGUGUGGCUGCAGUCGCGUAUGUCAGAGGAAAGGGAGCUAGCUUCCCUCACGAGGUCUACAAAGAAUGGAGAUCUGCGUACCGUCUUUACAGAAGUGCACAUGUCACACUGGAAAUGUCAUAUGAUGCAAUCGGGAGUGGAAACGGGAAGAAAGCUAUCCAGGAAAAUGUGGACAUUGAGUAUGCUGGUUCCGACUCCUUGUUGUCCGAUUCCACCAUUGCCAGCCAUCCCGACCUUGUUUUGUUCCCCAUUAUGGCAGGUGCGGUGAUGCUAGGCUAUAAUAUUCCAGACUUGGGCGGGCGUCUUGUGCUCACGAGAUCAACUAUUGUUGGCAUUUUCAACGGCACUUACACUUGGUGGAACGACACCAUAUUUACCGCCACCAACCCCGGCCUUAACAUGCCUCAGAAAGAGAUCAUCGUCAUAGCAAGGGCAGACAAGUCUGGUACUACUUCCCUCUUCACUGAGGCACUCGGUGCUUUCAGUCCCAAUUGGAAACAACAAUACGGGAUGUUUUCAAAAGGAUACGAUUCUGUGAAUAAUGUCCCAUAUCAUUGGGAUCCGACCGUCAUCAAUUAUUACGGUCAGCAAAACAGAGGGGUGUCGGGGUUGAUUCUGUCCUUCAGAAAUUCAAUCGGUUACUUGUCAGUAGCUGAUAUUUAUGAGGCAGACAUCAAUGCCGCAACAAUUGUGAACAAAGCAGGUAGACUGAUCGACGCUAACUCCAGUACAGUACAGAGCGCCAUGGAUUACUUUUCGGAUAGAAAUACUAAUCUAACAUUUAGCUUAGCAGAUGCCGGCUCUGAGAGUGCAUAUCCGAUAGCUGGAUUUACUCACAUCAUCAUUUACAAGACAAAAAUGAAAAACUGUCAGUCUUCUAAAGAGUUAAUACGGUACCUUUAUUGGGCAAUGACCGAUAAGGACCAAAGAAUCACGUGUGACAGGAAAGGUAUGUCGCCAUUGAGUACUAGCAUGGUUCAGCGCAUAAAGUCGGUCGUUUUGACACAUGUGACCUGUCACGGCGCAAAUGUGUGGGCUAUGGUAGAGAGCGAUAUAGCGGCUGAAAAUAAGGAGGUACAACAGUGGAUCCUACCCGUGUCGAUCACAAUUCCUAUAGUGUCACUGUGCAUAUUAGCACUGUGUUCUUUUAUUAUCAAGCAGCGCUUGCACAUCCAGAAAAUGAUUGAUAAUGACGAAUGGUUUAUUCCAAUAGAGGACAUCCUUUUCUACUUUGACGGAAGAGACAGGUCGUCCAUGAACUCGCGUAUCGCUGAUCGACCUUCUAUAAUCUCCAACGCGUCCGUCCGAGACAUUCAGGACGAUGAUAUCCUUAUCAGGCAGAUUAUACAGUGGCCAGGAAAGUAUCGGGGAAGUCAAAUCGGCAUUCGAUUGAUUGAGGUCACGGAACUGAAUCAGCUGACUCGGCAGACCAAACAUCAACUGUUGUUGAUGAAAAACAGAAUCUCACACAUCAACGUUGUAAGAAUGUUUGGUCUGACGGAGGUAGACGAUAAAAAAUACUUAAUUGGAGACUACUGCAGUAAAGGACGAAUGACAAACGUUCUUCGCGAUGACAAGUUCAACUUGUCUAAUGAUUUCAAAUGUACGCUUGCAGGAGACGUGGCAAACGGUAUGCAUUUCCUUCAUUCCAACGAUAUUAUACACGGUUUUCUUCGGUCUGAUGUUUGUCUUAUCGACGCGAGGUGGCAGGUGAAAAUUUGUGAUUGGGAAUACGGGACGCUUUUGUCAUCACAAGCACCAAAUAUAUCCCCAAUUUUGGUCAUGCGUAAAAAAUCAGACAAAGAUCUAGGAACACAUGAUAUAGCUUUCAAAAACUUUUGGGUCAGUCCGGAAAUAUUGAGGUCUGAUUUUAAGCUCAACCCAACAAAAGAAUCAGACGUGUAUAGCUUUGCUAUCAUUCUGCAAGAAAUUUUCACUCGGGAAGAACCGUAUGCAGAACAUGCAGACUCUUUGACACCAACGGAAGUGAUAAGGGCGAUAACUCUAAACACCCUUCGCCCAGAACAUAGCGAAGAAACUCCAGUCAACAUAAGGCAGCUCAUGGAAAUAUGUUGGAACGACCACGCCAUAUCCCGUCCUUCAUUCGAGCAGGUUCUAAAAUUACUCAAACGUGCAAAUCCUCUGAAAAGGACGGUGGUAGACAGCAUGAUGUCUUCGAUGGAAGAGUACAUUGCUCAUCUAGAGGAGAGAAUUGAGGAGAAAAACGCCGAGCUCAAGGUAUCUAAUAACAAAUUAGAAACGACACUCUCUGGUUUGAUGCCUGAAUUCAUUGCUAAAGUAAUAUCAAAAGGCAAAUCUGUACGACCAAUGAUGUUUCCAGCCAUAGCAGUGGUUAUCCUCGAUAUUUCCCAUUCCUCAGUUAACUUCGAGAAUCUUAAUCCUCGCGACGUCAUUGCCUUCAUCAACGAACUGUGCUUUGAAAUUGACCUGCUUGCACGAAAAUAUUCUGUCUAUACUGCGCCAGUGAGUGGUUGUUCUCUCGCGCUUGUGCAUGGACUGGAGUCGUCCAAGAUUAAACCUGAUGAAAUGUGCAUUUCGAUGGUAAACUUAUGCUUUGAUAUACUGUCACACGAGGAAAUUGGCAGACUGACGAAGUCAAUGGAAAAUAAAUUCGUCUUUCGUCUUGGUGCCCACGUCGGACCUGCCAUCACAGGACUUUCUGGAACAACGUCACCAUCGUAUGUGGUGUUUGGAGACUGUAUUGAUGUAAGUCAAGCUCUCGCACGCACAGCGCCUGUCACGUGUUUGCACGUACAUGUAUCCGAGAACGUGUGGUGUGCUAUAAAACGUAGCAAAAGGUUUGAGGCCAGUACUGCAGGUGAACUUAGUGUCAAGGGAAGGAUCUUUGUCACCUAUACAAUUACAAGAAUACAGGAACGAGUAAAAUACGCUACCUCUGAGGAUUCUGGCGUUGGAGGAGAACCGCACUCCCAGGCAUUGACGGAAAGUUAUGAGCCUAACAAAACCUGUGAUCCUUCGGUUAAUAUGAUAGAACAAGAGUCAGGAUCUAACGCAGUAGCACAAAAUGGAAUACUGAAUGACAAGAACACUGUGCAUCAAAGUCAGGAUGAGCUUGAAAAGCAUUGUAGGGACAUGGUGGUCGUUCAAAUGAUAUCUGACUCAAUCAAACAUCCGGAGGCGUUCAGAGAUAAAUUACGAUCACGCGCAAGGAGUAAACAUCAUCACAACUAUCACAAAAGACAUUCCAGUUUACAGAAACACCGGUCACAUGACUUAAACAAUGGUUCGGACACACUAGAAAGUAUAACUUCCCUCCAAUCGGAGAUCAAACCAAUGGACACGUCAAACUUUGGAGUACCGGUGUCCAAGCAAUUUGUACCGGUGAAAAGAAAAAGGAAACGGAAAUUCUUUUUGAAUAAUAUUUACCCCGAAAAUUGAAGACUUCUCCUGCUACUCUUGCGUUUACGUUUGUUGUUAGAAUACAACUCAUUGUUGCUUACAUUAUAUUUAUUCAUUUUUUGUGAUAUUGCUGUUAUUAUAGUUGAUAAUGUCACAAAACACACACAAAAUACUGGUUUUGUGAUAAUACGAAAAAUGAGUAGAGAAAAACCAACAGUACGAUAUUUUGAAAUCAUAAUUUUGUCAUAAUUUUCAAAAGCACACCCCAUUAAAAGCUGUAAGAUAACUAAAGGAAGACAGUUUCUCUGUUUGUUACACUGUUUGGUACAUUUGUAUCACGGGUUCCAAGGUUUUACUUUGCCUUGACAA